AAUACUUCGCUUCCUGCGAAGUUUGGCUUCUACGUGGCGGCGUGUGAAAAGCGGUUUUAGUUAAGUUUUACUCCGUGGGGUUAUCCCAGCCGUCUGACAAACGGAACUUCGAUAUUUUGUCAGUUUGGAAAGUCGGCGAUUGGUGCAGGAUUACUCGGUGAGUCCAUUUUGGAGCCAACCGCGUCGGCCAUUUUCCUUGUGGUAUGGAACUUGCUGGGACAAAUAUUGUACACGUUGCAUUGUGCAUUGGCACCAUUUGGGAAACCUAAUAAGCUAGCGAAUACUAAGUUUAAGAGCCUGAUUUUCUGUGUUUCUUUAUAAACUUAUCACGUUCCCAAAUUGUUUUGGAUAAGAUGUUUUAAUACUUGUAUAAGCUCCAUACAAAACAAAUUCGACGCACAGAGUUUCUGAAGGAACAACAUAGCUACCGGAAACGACGUUAUUUCUUUCGAUGGCUACUACAAGAACUGAAUACGGCAAAGAGAACAGAUUCCGUGCUCGUCGUGAAGUGGCAAGUCGUCCAAAAGCGGAGAAUGAAAGUUCUCGGAGUCAAAGCUCAACCGUACCUCCCCGCAAAAAUCUUGUUGACACUAAAACAAAGCGAACAACGGGCAGUCCUAACACAGGGGAUGUUAAAGAGGAGAGACACAGAGCGUACAACAAAUUUGGAUUACCUCCGAAAAAAAUUAUCGCUACUGAUAAAACGUAUAUUUCCCCUCUUAAAAGUGACAAUGUGGUACGAACGACGAAAGCCCGCGACGUGAAACAGGGCAUAACGCGAAAACCGGCAAGAGAGACUGAACAGGAAAGUGACAACGAUAAAAGCAGCGCUGAAGAGAUCGUUAAACCUAAUGUAAGCAAACUGAAACACAUUUUUGAUGAGACUAUUGCGAAUGAGGCUAUAAAAGCACAGCAAACGUACAAGAAACCCAGGCCUGUCUCUGAAGCUUUUGACAGAGUGAAGGCUAAUCAUGCUAAAGACACAUCACAAGGUGAAACCACAGAACGAUGGUCCUUACCCAACUAUUACAAAAAAACCUUACCCCCCACCCCUUCACACAAGCCACAUGUGUCUUCAGGGAUUGCUGCCAGGAGGGCUAUGUUUGAAAGUGGAGGCUCAAAUGAAGAUUUACAAAAGAAGGAGAAACGAUCGCCAAGUUUGCAAGAUCUUGUUCCAGAUUUGAAGGAAUUAGAUGUGAGUUUGCUUGGCAACAAUGAUCCUACCCCUGUGCAGAGGUCUCGUACAAGAUCUGAUCCAGGAACCAAAAGACCUCUGUACUUUAUAAAAUCUCGUAAACGCUUUCCAUCUGACACUAAAGCUAUGAACGGCGAGUACCAUGGCACUGUUGACAAACUGAAGCAAUCUCAAGAUGACUCUGUUUUGAAGAAACCAUCACUUGAUACCAGAGGCCUCUAUAAGUCGCACAGUGUUGAUUUUAUCCAGGGAAGUCCAUUGAUAUCAGAUUCAGACAUAGGAAUGACGAUGGAAAGCUUGACGAAACAGCAGCCCUCUUCUACAAUUGAAAGCGAAGAAGAGAAAUCCUUUCCACUCAACAAAAGCAGUGAGGCUAACACAGAAGUCAAAGCUGCUAAUCCUGAGAAAGUAUCUUCCAGUGUUCCUAAGGGAUUAAAAUCCCAGGGAAAGGAGGAACCACAGGAUGAUUUAUUUGAUGACAUCCCAGGGCGAAUCCGCGAAGCAUCUUGGAUAGAUGAAGAAAUUCCAAAAGAGGAAACUGCUCCAGUAGAAAUGUCACCCAUAAGCAUUACGCCUGGGUUCACAUCAGUACCCAAAUCAAAUAUUCUUGAAGUGAAUUCAGAAUCUCACCCAAAGCAUGACAGUGUUUACUUCCUAAAGAAUGAAGAAACCCAAUUGCAUAAUGAAGAAACUGAAAGUUCUGGUGAUGAAAGCACUGGAAGUGUUAUUGAACACAGUGAUGCUGAUGAAGAAGCACAUCUUCAAACAGUGUCCCCUGUAUCGUUACUUUUCUCAGCUAAGCCAGCAUUAUCAGCUUUGUCCAAAGACAAGAUGAAAAAAGGAAGAAGGAAUGUUGGUUUUAAUAUGGAUAAUCCCGAUCUGUUUCUGACGUACAGUGCUGAGGAAUAUGAUAGAGGCAAUGAUGGUAUUGAUCCAGUUACUGCGUCUGCAGAGUGGGAACUGGAAAAA